AUGGCGAGUAAGGAGCUCCAAGAGCUCGUAGAUUUCAUUGCGCAUCCGAAUCCCCAGGUUCGCCUGGGGGCUAUCGAAGGCGCUGUUCCAUACUCUCUGUCAAAUCCGGAGAUCUUCAAGGCUGAUGACCUCAGACAUAUCAGGAACUUGAUGGUGCUCGUACGAGAUCAUCCUAGAAUUGCCAAAAGCGCAUUAACGAUAUUAGUUAAUCUCACGGGGGAUCGGGAUGUCCUCGAAAGCGUAGCUACAAAUGAACAGUUCCUAUCGCUCAUCCUAACCUUGUCUUACCCCUUCUUUAAGGACGCAUCGGAGACAAACGCAGACCUCAUGGCCAUGCUCCUAGCCAACCUCAGCAAAUGGGAAAGCAUAAAGGACACCCUCCUCAAAAAACAACAAAAAGCCCCCGAGGCCCUCAACUCAGACGACCUCGUGAUAAACCAGCUCCUUGACCUCUUCGUCAAGGGCUUCGACGGCUCCUACAACAAGGACGCCAACUUCGACUACCUCGCCUACUUCUUCGCCGACCUCGCCAAGCACACCGACGUGCAGGAGCACUUCAUCGCGCGCCAGGAUUAUGACAAGGAGAUCCCUCUAACCAAGAUUAAGGUCUUUACCGAGCAUAAGUCGCAUAUAAGGAGGAAGGGCGUUGCGAGUACUAUUAAGAACGCCGCCUUUGAGGUCUCAUCUCAUCCGUCUUUCCUCUCUGAGGAUGACGUGAAUAUCUUGCCGUAUCUACUCCUGCCCAUUGCCGGGAAUGAGGAGUACGACGAGGAUGACAUGAUGGACAUGCUGCCGGAUUUGCAACUCCUCCCACCUGACAAGGAGAGAGACUCAGAUCCCGAAAUUAUUCUUACCCACAUCGAGACGUUGACUAUUCUAACCACGACGAGACCCGGGAGAGAUCUCAUGCGCCAGGUCAAGGUCUAUCCUCUCAUCAGGGAGACUCAUCUUCAUGUGGAGCACGAAGGUGUAAAGGAGGCGUGUGAGAGGCUGGUGAAUGUGCUGAUGAGGGAUGAGGCGCCGACUGUUGAGGAGAUUGAGGAGGAUGAGGAAAAUGUCAUCAUGGAAGUCUAA